AUGGAUAAUAACGCUGCAAAUUCGGAGAAAUCUCACCUGAUGCACGAGAAGAACGCGAAGAUGUAUUCGUUGAAAAUGCAAAGCUCCUUCCCGGACUCCAAAGAGCAGUUCCCCGACUUCCCGUUUAAGAAUGGCGGCAUGGCCGGCGCCAUCGAGCUGAAGCGACCGGUCGGCGCUCACUGCCACGGCUCCAAGGCCUCGGUGCGUGAGGACAGUGCGGACCAGAUGCUGGCCAAGAAGAAACUCUACAUCGCCUCGGCCGUGUGCCUCGUCUUCAUGAUCGGAGAGGUCAUAGGAGGCUACCUGGCCCACAGCCUGGCCAUCAUGACGGACGCCGCCCACCUCCUGACGGACUUCGGCAGCAUGAUGGUGAGCCUCUUCUCGCUGUGGAUCUCCUCCAGGCCGCCCACCAAGACCAUGAGCUUCGGUUGGCACAGAUCAGAGAUCCUCGGGGCGUUCAUCUCAGUCGUGUCCAUCUGGAUCGUGACGGGGGCUCUGGUCUAUUUAGCCAUCGAGAGGAUCGUACGCAACGACUACGAGAUUAACGGCCAUGUCAUGUUAAUCACCUCCGGCUGUGCUGUCAUCGUCAAUAUUGUGAUGGCCUACAUCCUCCACCACUCCACCACCUUCCACGCUCACGGCAGCGGCUACCACCACAUCGACGAGGACGGUCAGAGUCCCGGCCCCCCCCACGGCCACGGCCACAGCCACGCGCUGCUCGGGGGCCACAGCAACACCAGCGUCCGCGCCGCCUUCAUCCACGUGGUGGGGGACCUGCUGCAGAGCGUCGGCGUCAUGGUGGCAGCGACCAUCAUCUACUUUCGGCCGGAGUACAAGGUGGCCGAUCCCAUCUGCACCUUCCUGUUCUCCGUCUUCGUCCUGUGCACCACGGUCACCAUCCUCAGGGACGUCUUCAGGAUUCUCCUGGAAGGUUCUCCUAAAGGGAUAGAGUUCAACUCGGUGAAGGAGGUGCUGCUGUCGGUGGACGCUGUGAAGUCCAUGCACUGUCUGCACCUCUGGGCUCUGACCCUGGGCCAGGCCCUGGUCUCUGUUCACCUGGCAGUAGAGGAGGGAGCUGAUCCCCAGUCUGUUCUUCACGAGGCCACCGAGCUGCUCCAGACCAAGUUUGGCUUCCGCAGCAUCACCAUCCAGGUGGAGCUCUACUCCGAGGACAUGAGCCACUGCUCCCACUGCCAGGACCCCAGUGACUGACGCUGACACUGGACCCCGACUGGACUGAACCCUAAAAGGACAUGGAACGGCUCAGGCACAUCCUCAUUCUCUCUGGGCCGCCUCAGUCAGAGCUGUACUCAAGAAAACAGCUUCCUGGUAACAUAAUGUGUAGAAAGAGCUUUUGGUAGAUUGUUGUGUUCGCCAUCAAGUCACGA